UAUAGAAGUUUGAGUUUCAAAUCCGAUCUUCAGUAUAAAAUUUGGCCCUACGGGUAGAAACCACACUCUGCAUGAAUGACAAACGCACAAAAAAUAUUCAGCACUAUGCAAAUUGAACAUUGUAGGGCUGAUAUACAACCUCAUGGUAUUUACCGUCACAUGCUUGCAUUUGGCAGAAAAAUUAAAGUGACAGUUAGACUCAGUAUCUCGACUGUAUGGAGGUCAUUUGCCCGCAUUGUAUUGUUCAUCAGUUGUACAUCGUCUUUGGUUUCAGCUUGCUUUCAAAGUAAUAAUGCCUAUGAGUAUCUUUGUCAAAACACUAACGGGUUUGUCUUUUGAACUGCACGUUUCCCCUACUGAAACUAUCACAUCAGUCAAAUCUAAAAUUCAAAGGACUGAAGGUAUUCCAAUAAAUCAACAACACCUUGUUUGGCAAAAUUGCGAAUUGGAUAAUCAUCGUCGACUAAGAGAUUACUCCAUAUCUGAGGGUUCAACAUUGUGUCUAGUUUUAAGUCUUCGAAGUGGUCCACUUAUUGAGCAUCGGACGCCACCGCUACGUCUGGCAGCAAACCACCCAUCAAAAACCACUGUACCACCCUUUACUUCAGUGUCCAGCUCUACCUGUGGCAGUAGUUUCGUGUAUUCAAACCUCUUAACUCCAGUGAUAAAACCGAGUAUAUUGCAAUCGCAAAACACUGAAAAUGGAGGACGUUCUGACUUGACUUUGGACAAAUCAAAACAAACUGGUGCAGAAUGGUACGAAAUAGACGAAGCCAACACUGAUAGUGUGUUACCAAGCGAUAGUGCAUUAGAAUCACAACCUGAUCUUUCGGUAGAUGUUCGACCAGAAUCCAGUAGUAUUUCGUCUUCUGUAGCACAGAAAGCCAUGGAUGUUAGUUUCACAGAUGCUUUUCAGAAUUUUGUUAAUAGCGACACUCCAUUAAGUUCUGGGUUAAGAGAGCAGAAUUCAAACAACAUUGGUCAAAGUCCUUCAAAUUUAGAAGUGGUCGUUGGAAUAAGCCCACUGAAUGGAAACAUUACGGAAACUACUUAUAUUUCCGAGAGAAAUCGAAGUUUAUCCUCUCCUGAAAAAGAAACCUUAAAUGCCUUAACUGAACAACCAAGUGUCCCGAUAGCUGUAGCAGUUAACAAUCAUUCAAACGUUCCUGAAUCCUCGAAUUCGUCUCCAUUUUCACCGUCAGUUCAUUAUUCUGAAUCCUCUUCUGCAUUAAAUCAACAAAAUCAUCCAUCUAUUUGGGUUUCAUGUGAUACUCAUAUUCCUCCUCCUUUUCACAAACAGGAUCGGGAAUCGAAAACGUCGACCGCCAGUGAUUUUGGAGAAUAUAAAUUGAACAUUAAAAGAAUGUACAAAGAAAAUCAGGUAAAUGGUGUUGGCCAUCUUGAUAAUUGUAGCAAUACGGAAACAACUAAUUCCACAUCAGCGAAUAUCCUUGCUAGUCUAUUGGCUAAGGUUAUUCCCAAUCGAACAUCUUUUCGCUGCUGUGAUGGACCGCGUUGUCCACAUCAAUCGCACAGAGGAUUUUCUCCCUUACUGGAAGAAAGUGAAGAACAAAAUUCCUCAAUACGUUUCUCAUUUUUAGACAGUGAAUGGUUCGACAAAGAGCUUGACUCGGUUGCUUCUAUUAAUUUUGAAACGGAUACUGAUCAGGAUGACGACAGUCCACCGCUCGUAACUACUGGCUAUCAAUCAUACUCCUUCUGUAAUUGUGGAUUUAAUCAUUCGCACUCUAUUAGUUGCGAAGCUUUGGAGACUGCAAUCAGUAGUAUCGUUCAAGCCGAAGUUUUUGUCCGGCUUCAAGAGUGUGACGAGCUUGCAGAAAAAGUAGAACGUCUGAAGACUCAAAUGAAAAGCGUUCGUCUGAGGAAGCAAAACUGGUAUCAAAAUACACAAAAUACUAAAUAUUCUAUGUGUAAAGAAGAAACGUCAGCUGAAGAUCAGUAUCAUGACAUUGCCAAUUGGGGAAAAAAUUCCGAGCAUGUUAAUGAAAUCGCUGCUAAUUCCUGUGAUUUUCCCUGGACGAACUCACAAAUCAACAGAAAUCAUCUGUCAAAUCUACAUACUUCGUCACUGAACUGUUUGAAAGAUGAAUCUGAUUUCCCAAAGUACACUUUCAAUAGGUCGCCUCAGACUGACACCAGGGGUCGAAUUCGUCAGCGUCGCUAUGCUACUAUCACACCUCCUGAUGUUAACUGCCUCAUCAGAACAGCUGAUUCACAGUGUAGAGGUUCUGAAUCGACUACUAACAUUUUACCCUCCCUUUUCUAUCCAGGAUGCACUUCACAAAGUUCGGAGGGUAGUAUGUUUGAAAACUCCUUGUCUCUGAGGUCUCAUCAACAUAAAAAUCAGUUUUUGUCUCCUGAUAAAAACCUCACAACCCCAGUGACCACUUUGUCAUACAAUGGACCAACGUUAUGUAGUGAUUCUGUCAGUCAAACCCGACAACAUUCAAUGAAUUCUUUACAAGUUAGUAAAUUGACAAGACUUGGAAGUUCCAGUCGUUUUAGUUCAAACAGCAACCGUUCGACUCCUACGAAAACUUCAUCCUCCGUUCCAUUCUUGCCGAAGUUGGGGAGCUCAGUAUCGACAGGUCACCUGGCCACAACUAUUCCACCACGAUUACCUUCAAGAGGGGGAAGUCGACUGAAUACUCCUGUCCAUUUCAGCAAACCAAACGAUUGUGAUGAGAAAUUAUUGAAUCCCACUCCUCCACACUAUAUUUCGACUGUUUUGAUUGAAGCAUCUCACCUGCCUUCAUCCCUUAAUUCCAUUAGACGCAAACGAUGUUCUAUGUGCUCGCGGAAGAUAGGGAUUACAAACAGCUACACAUGUCGUUGUGAUCGGAGUUUCUGUUCUGUACAUCGUUACGCUGAGGUUCAUGCUUGUCAGUACGAUUAUAAAGCAGAAGCACGUCGUUAUAUAAUUGAAUCCAAUCCCGUCAUAACUACACCCAAAUUACCGAAAAUCUAAGAAAAGUGUUUUUGGUCAUAAAUGUUUCGGUUCAGAGAAGCCUGUGAUUAAUUAUUAGUUCUUUGUAUGCUUGUAACUAUUCAAAUCAUAAAUAUUAGUGGAUUAUAAAAUGAUGAUUUUUGCUACUAUUAUUUGACAAUUCAUUAUUUCAGAAUAUCAAACUUCAUUUUGUUUUUCGGUUAUAUUUUUAAAUUGUAAUCAUUAUCUCAUAGUACGUUUGCAACUUAGCACAAUAAAAACAAUUCUUAUCAAAGAAGUUCAGUUUAUAUUUUGUAAUGUCUUAGAAUCCGUAUAAACAUAUGCAUAAACGCUGUUAAUAUCGAAAAAAUCUUCAAAAAAAUGUUGUAAUCAGGUGUUUAGUUUUCGCAUUUUGGUCAUAUUAACAUAUUCUCAUUAAAUACUACCCAUUUUCUCGGUGAAACAGCAGCUUGUGUAUAUUCUGUUUUGAUUUCUUUAUUUUCCCUCCAAGUUCGGUAAAAAGACAUUUUGGCCUCAUUUUCAUCAUUUAUUGCCUACUAUCCUUACUUCUCCGUGCCAGAAUAUUGUUGUUUGUCUUUCCCCUUCCUCACUCAUCAGCUGUUACUAUAGUUGUUUGUGUUAUUACAAUUUUGAUUGUAAAAUGUGCUUCUUUUCCAAAUAUAUCCCUUCAUGUGGUAUGAUAAAGUUGAAUAUUCUUAAACUUCGUCUCUUUUUCGGUUUAUUUCAAUUCUGGUUGGCUUGCGUAAAUGCUCUCAUGUGGGGGAUCCACCGUAAUCUACAUAUUCAUUUUUGUUUAAUACGUAUGCAUUCUUAAGUUGUUUUGCAUUUUAUUCUCCCUGAGGAUUGCAUUUUCAUUUAUACGUUGUUAGAUAUUCAAGUUCUAAAGUGUUACUGAAUUGGUGUUUUUAUUCAGUUACUUUCAAGUAGAGUUUACAAACUGACAGUCGUUGUGGGGUCCACUUCUUAUACCAGAUUGUCUUUUAAAUCGAAAUGUCAGCAUCAAACGCUGGAAUUUGUUCAGUGGUUUAGUAAAGUUGCUCGGUUGGUGUUUUAUCUUAUAACUUCAACAACGACAAUCCCCCCACUUACGUUACUGUAUUUUCUCAGUCUCCAUAAGUCGUGAAAUUUAUUCUUUUUAAGACCUUCGAUUUGAACAGCAGAUGGGAAGGCAGGGACUUCAUCAUUUUGAUUUAUUC